UUGCAGAUGCAGCUCUCACACCGAGCCACAAGCCAGUCAGCUCCUUGAGGAAGAGAGGUGUGUGUGUUUGUGUGUGUGAGGGAGAAGCUGAGGGAAAGUGUGUGAGUGUCGGGACCAGAGGCUCCAAAGGACGUCACACACACUCCAGUAGAGAAAGGGAAACACCGUCACAGGAAGGCGUCUGUCCUCACGCGUUCUGGGCUGUGGAAGACUCAACAGCCUCUAACAGAAGUGAGUUUUAGACGUAGAUGCGAUGAGACGGUCGAUGACGUGCAUGUAGGCAGCUGAAGUGGAUAUUGCUCACAAGUGACAAAGAUACAGGUUUCUAGGUUUUAAGCACCUCAAGAGUCUACUCAAGAUUAUUUAAAGUGUUCUUGGAUCAUCAUGGAUCAACCAGCCAGCAGCUGCAUGCGGAGCGCCCAUCCCAGCGGCCCCAUCUGGGGUUGCAUGAGGAACCCUCAUUCCGGGGUCCCAGGAGCCAAUCUGCAGUCGCCCUACCAGCAGGCCCCGUUCUCUAUCCACCAGAAGCCCGAGUUCCUCGCCUACACAGACUUCUCCAGCUCCUGCCUGGUGCCGAGUGCACCUCAUGCAGCCUACCCCCGAGAUGACAGACUGUACCAAGAGAGCCAGGGUGGCUACCAGAGAAAUGACUGGCAGUUCAACCCCUGUGAGACCCGGGUGAGAGCGCCCGAGGCCUGUCCGCCUGUUGCCCCUGCAGUAGUAGGCAGCAGCGGCAGUGGAGGGCCUGAGCUGGACAGUGUAGGGGGCGACAGGCUGCCAGGCGGCGUUCCCGGAUGCCUGGAGGGGGAAUACUCACCCCAGAGCGUGGCGUCAGCUGACUCGGACAAGAAGGGCUCCAGUAAGAGGAAGAGAGAUGUCACAGACAUCCAGGACUCCAGUUUUAAGGUGGAUUCCAGCUGCAAAGCCAGGAAGGAGCGCACGGCGUUUACCAAGGAGCAGCUGAGAGAGCUGGAGGCCGAGUUCACCCACCACAACUACCUGACCCGGCUCCGUCGCUACGAGAUCGCCGUCAACCUGGACCUCACAGAGAGACAGGUCAAAGUUUGGUUUCAGAACAGGCGGAUGAAGUGGAAGAGAGUGAAAGGAGGACAAUCGGCUUCGCCCAACGACCUGGAAAAUGACGACAUGGACUCAGCGGCUUCACCCAGCUCUGAAUGAAGGAUGUCAGCACUGUAAGAAAAAUGAAAAGAUGCAACUGGUCAACUGGACACUGACACAAUCUUUCUGUUUUCUUUUGCUUUUCUUUGGGAAGUUGGCUGAAGGACCCAAAUCAUUUUGAGACUUUUUUGUUUGUUUGUUUCAUUUCCAGGAAGAAAACUCUAAGCAGAGCCUUUUGUGUUGUAAAUAGUUGAUUUAUGUCCAUAAUGAAGUGCAUUUUGUCAUAUUAUUGAUAAGUAAUCAGAGAACUUCUCUCUUUUUGUAAUGACUGUGUUUAAAUAUAAAUGAAACUUGAGGUUAUUGUGGAUUAGUGAUAAAGUCCAUACAGCAGCUUCAAGGUUAGUGAGGACAUAUCAGACUGUGAUGUGAUUGUGUUUGAGUGCAUCACCUUUGGUUCCAGUAUUGUAAUCAUGGCCUUUGACGCUUGACUACAACCACCUGGGAAAACUCAGACUGCACAUGUGUUGCCAAGACGUAAGUGCCUCAGAAUCAGAUGCUUUUUUUUUUAAAUAUUAUUUUGUCAGUUUCUUUUUUCCUUGAAUUUUUUCUGUCAAGCAUUUUUUACUACUUUUUUUAUACAAUUUGAAUGCUAUUGAUAAAACACAUAUGUUGACUGUUUCUGCAAAGAGAAUAAAUCAUCUUCUGCAAAAUGGGGAACAUAUCUUGAUAAUUUCUUCCACCUGCAACA